CUGGAGCAGCAGGGCUACGCAGACACUGCACAGGCCCAGCAUCAGGCGUAGCUCAGCCCUCUGUCCCAGCCACAAACACCAGCGCAGGGACAAAAGAAGAUUCUCCACACAUCAGCUGUGCACAAGAGCCAUGAGGACAGCAAGAAAGGGCAGCGUGGAGAUGCCUGCGUUUGUGCGGCAGCUGGUGAAAGAGACGGAGAAGAGGGUCAGCUCUUUCUUCAAGGGGAGCCGUGGAGGAGCAGCAGAGGGAGAGCAGCCAGGGGAGGGGGAGAAGGAGGAGGUCAUCCCCAGCCCCUACCUGGAUCGGCCAGUGCUGGACAAGCUGACAGAGGAGGGCUGUGCCCGCUGGGGCCUCACCUACGCCCUGGGAAGCAUGCAGGGCUGGAGGGCCAACAUGGAGGACUUCCAUAACUGUGUUCCGCAGCUGGGUGGACAGCUGGCCGACUGGAGCUUCUUCGCUGUGUUCGAUGGUCAUGCAGGCAGCACGGUGGCACAGCACUGCUCCCAGCACCUUCUGGGUCACAUCCUAGCCACAGGUGGAAUAAGACCAGAGGAUGAUCCUGAAAAGGUGAAAGGUGCCAUCAUUGAGGGAUUCCUGCAAACAGACAAGCACUUGCACUCUGCCGCACGUCGAGAAGGCUGGGAGAGAGGGGGCACCACCGUGGUGGCCACUCUUAUCUCGCCGUAUUACAUUUACUUCGCCAACUGUGGUGACUCAAGGGCCAUGCUAUGCCGGUCUGGCCAGGUUUGCUUCUCCACUGAGGACCACAAACCUUACAGCCCUCUUGAGAAAGAGCGAAUUGAGAGCGCAGGCGGCUCCGUGUCCCUCCAACGGAUCAACGGCUCUCUGGCAGUCUCCCGGGCUCUAGGGGACUUCAGCUACAAGGGAGCAGAGAACCGGACGCCCAGCCAGCAGAUGGUGUCACCAGAGCCAGAGAUUUGUGUGGUGGAGCGCUCACCAGCAGAUGAGUUCCUGGUGAUUGCCUGCGACGGGGUGUGGGACACAAUCAGCAACGAGGAGCUGUGCGCCUUCAUCCACAACCGGCUGCGUGUCUGCACUGAUCUGAGGGAUGUCUGCAAUCAAGUCAUUGACCUCUGUCUCUAUAAGGGCAGCUUGGACAACAUCAGCAUCAUCCUGCUGUGCUUUACCGGAGCCCCCCAGCUCACAGCAGAGGCAUUACACCAGGAGGCUGAGCUGGAGGAACUGCUGGGGUCCAAAGUAGCAGAAAUUUUUGAUGAGCUGUGUGUCAGAGGGGAGGAACCUGACCUGCUGUCUGUCCUCACAGUCCUAGCAUCCACUGUCAUCCCUGGAUUACCACCAGGUGGAGGCAUACAGAGCAAAAGGAACUGCAUUAUUUCUGCUUACUAUCAACAAAGAGAGACACACAAGCCCACAGUACCAAAUGGCCUGGGAGGCUCCUGAAAAGCACUACUGGAUUUUGUCUCCAAGGAUCCAUGGAGGGACUGUAAUUAAUGUCUAUAUUAAAACUGUUUUCUUCAUGUGUGCAAUUUGACAAAAAGGGACAUGAUGAACAGACAGGGAUGUUUGUUUACAUCAUGCUAACAAGUAGCAUCUUGUCAUAACAAUGCAAAAAUAGAUCUAAUAAAGCCUGAUACGUUUAUAUUUGUACAAGAAGGACAUUUUGUAAAACUUACUCAGAGACACUGACCCAGCAACAAACCUCUGCCUCAUAUUCAGUAAACAGAAAGCUGAUAAUUUCAAAUGACGGCCUGUAAAACUGAAUAAAAGCCAACUGUGAAAUUGUCCAUUUUCAUUGGAUAAAAUAAUAAG